CUGCAACAGCAGUACCACCAAAGCCGAUUACGGACCGCGAAGCCCCUCUUCACAACCGAAGGCGCCAAACGAGUCGCAUAUUCCCGCGGUACUAAGGGCGUCGUAAUAGCCUCCUUCCUCGCCGCCGUCGCCUUCUACUGGUACAACAUCCAGACCGUCCCCGUCUCCGGCCGGCGCCGCUUCAACUGCUUCCCGGACUACUACGUCAAGGAGGUCUCGGCCGAGCAGGUGCGCCGCAUCAUCCACGAAGUCGAGUCCCAGGGCGGCCGCUUCCUGCCGGCGUGGGACCCCCGCGCCAAGAUGGUCGCGCGCGUCAUGAAGCGCCUGAUACCCGUGUCCGCCAUGGAGGGCGAGGAGUGGGAGCUGCGCGUCAUCGACGACCCCAACACCGUCAACGCCUUCGUGCUGCCGGGCGGCAAGGUCUUCGUGCACAGCGGGCUCCUGCGCGUGACCAAGAACGAGGACGGCCUGGCCGCGGUGCUGGGCCACGAGAUCGCGCACAACCUCGCGGGCCACGUCGGCGAACGGAUGAGCUCGCAGAUCGGACCGAACAUCCUGCUGGGAACGCUCAUGUGCAUGUCCUUCAUGUACCCGCCGGCUUUCCUCCUGGUGCAGUACUUCGGCUCCGGAAUGAUGGACGUCCUCUUCAGCCUGCCUAUGGGACGGCUGCAGGAGAGCGAGGCGGACUAUAUCGGCAUGAUGCUCAUGGCGGAGGCUUGUUUCGACCCGCGGGAGGCGGUCGCGUUGUGGCAGCGGAUGGACUGGUGGGCUAAGAGGGGGCAGGCGGAGGAGGUACCGGAGUUCCUCAGCACGCAUCCUUCAAAUGAACACCGCAUCGAAAAGUGUAGAGAGUGGGUACCCAAAGCCCUUGAGAAGUGGGAGGCCAGCGAUUGUAAGGGAACAGCCAGCUUCGCCAACAUGUUCAGGCAGGCAUUAGAUCAGGGAAGCAUGAUUGUGGAAUUCUAA